UCUGAAUUGAUCUCAAAUUCUGAACUUUGCUUAGUUAUUAUCUCCAAUUAUUUCAAACAAAACAAUAAUUAACUGGUUUAAUUGUUUUAGAGCUACCCCCAGGUUUUCAAUUUCGAUUGUCUAAGCCUCAUCCCUACCACCAUAAUUCGAACCAAUAUCACCGUAUUAUAAAGCAAAAAAGAAUAACACACACACACACACACAACUCACAUCCAAAAAAUGAACUUGAAGGUGAAUCAUAUCAAAGGAUUAGCAGGAUUUGCUACUAUAGUGGUGGUAUUGAGUAUCUAUCAUUUCCUUGCUGUCCAAGAAUAUAUAACAGCGCCUCCUAUCUUCCCGACUCCAGGCAACUAUCGGGUUGCUCAUGGAGGAGUAUAUGUUUUCCCCAACGAUUUUACCAAUGAAAAACUUGACAAAUACAUGCCAGUCUUAGAUGCAAAUGGGUUGUACAGGUAUAAUGGUAGUACAGUACCUGCCACAUCUUUUAAUGAUGAAUUUCAUCUGUUUAAAAUGAACAUAUUUGGCAGUCUGAAGAACAUUGACGGUGAUCAAUCUAAAUGUAAAGAUAUUAAUGUUCAACGUCAAGUGGAUAUAAACAAGUCCCAAAAUAUAAAUAUUGACAUUGAGGAAGUGAUGCAGAAGUUUAUACAAGACAUGCCUCAAAAUCUGUACUAUAGAGAAGUUGCACCAUACUUCAUUGAUGGACUUAAAGACCAACUUAAAGAAGGUACGGUAAAACGUCACUGGUACCAACUUGCCGGGUCCUCGGUUUGGCUUGAACAAUAUGGUGUUUAUUUCACUAUUCGUCGUGUGAUGUAUUCUCCAGCUGGUUUUAAGAAUGCACCACUUCUCUCAUUAACCUAUGCACAAAUAUUCGAUGAUCAAUGGAGGGAGAUUAAAGAUCAUAAUUUAGUUUUGCCUCAUGAAGAUGAAUCUGAAAAUGGACUUGAAAUCUUGAAAUUCCCACUGUUUCUCAAGAUUCCAUUCUUUCACGACUAUGAUCAAACGAAAAAACGGUAUUAUGGACCAGAAGAUCCAAGAAUCACAUUGAUCAAGAACAAGGCUGGUCAUUUUGAACCUUUAAUUGUGUUUAAUUCUGACCAUCGUCAGCUUGUUACUCUGAAAGAUAGUGAUACUUUAGAACCUCAAAACUUCAGAUCGAUGUUUUUAUGUUUUCCAUUCCAACAUCAAGUGGGUAAAGCAAACGUUGAUGCCUACGAUCAAGAACGCUUUUCCGAUGCUACAUAUAGUAGAGUAUCUGAAUUGAGAUUGGAUGAUGGCCCAAGAUUGAAAGUACAAAAAAAUUGGACUCCAUUUAUUAGUCAUAGUCAAAGAUUACAUAAUGGUGGUUACGAUACUCAUGUCAACUUUGUUUACAGAUGGACAAACUUGGAAGUAUUACAAUGUGAUAUACAUGACGGGACAUGUAACUUCCUGUACAGGCUCGAUAGUUCAAUAGAACGUGGAUCGGCUGUUGGACCAAUGAGAGGAGGCACUGAACUCUAUAGUAUUAAUGAACUUCUUAUCAAUUCAGGAGUGGAAAAGAAUUAUUAUCUUCCGCCAAAUAGAGAGGUAUGGGUUGGGUUUGCUAGAGCUCAUUUGGAUGGUUGUGGAUGUGGUAAAAACAUGUACAGACCUAACCUUGUGGUCAUUGUCGGAGACACAGUUGAAGGAGAAUUCAUAUAUAAGAUCAGUCACAUCAGUUCAUCACUCUCCUUUGAUAUGAAUGUUGUUGGAUGGGACAUGGAUAACCCUGAAAAUUUAUGUACUGGGUCUAAUGUUCUUAUUCCAAAUGGAAUUGCUUCUUGGGUCGUAGAUCUUGCUACUGACGAAGCUGCUGGAUGGCCAAAUGACGUCUUGACAUUAUCCCUCUCCGUCAGUGAUAUUUCAGUUGAAAUAAUUAACAUUAAGAAUUUAUUAGCUGAAAUUAUAAAAUUCAGUGAUGUCUUCCAUGAUCAAUCACUGGCCAAACCUUAUAUCCCAAGCUCAACCACAUCUAGCAAGUUGAUUGGGUAUAACAACGACAAUGUCAAAUGUACACUUAGGGCUUCUGAACAAUUCUGCGCUGCUUAUGGAAAAGCUUUUGAAGAGUCUCAAAAUGAUGCCAAUUUAAAAUAGGAU